GUCAAAGUUUUUGUGUUGUUGUGGACGAUAGACGACUUUUUCCCUAUUUUCUGUAAUAUUUCUAAAAAAAUAUCUAAUUUAGGGAUAGGUCGUGAGCAAAAAUGGGUGCUUUAACUAGCCGCCAGAAUGCUGGCGUGGAAGAAGCAGAUGUGGUGUCCAAUCAUGCUUACAAAUACCCUCCGAGAUCUGGUAACUACUUCGGGAGCCACUUCAUUAUGGGAGGCGAAAGAUUUGACACUCCUCAACCUGAGGCCUACCUCUUUGGAGAGAAUGCUGAUCUUAAUUUUCUAGGCAGUAGACCCACACCUUUCCCAUAUCCUCCACCUCAAUCAAAUGAACCAACAAAAACUUUGAAAAGCUUAGUGAAUAUUCGUAAGGAGUCGUUACGCUUCGUCCGUUGCCCAGAACCGGUGGGCAAACUGGCGGAGAACAAGAUUGGAGAUGGAACAAUAAAGGCUAAUGACAACAAUAGCAAGGGGACAUACUAUAACAUUGAGUUCACAUUUGACUGUGAUGCACGAUGUGCUAUUACUGUAUUUUAUUUCUGCACUGAAGAAGUCACUCCAGCUGGUGUUGUGUACUACCCGCGCGACGCAGCGAUGACGUCACAGACGUACCAUUACAAAAAGGGCGCGAACCAGCAGUUCUGUCAGAUUUCUCACGUGUUCGACCCGUCGAAGUAUCCUGAAGAGGAUCUGCUAUACAACGCUGACCGGGAGAUCAUCCCCAUCGCUAUAUACUGCGUGGUUGAUGAGGGGCAGGAAGCGGAAAUAAGGCAGUCGCACACGACGAUAGCAGUAGUAGAGAAGCACUCGGACGGCACGUACGUGUUGAAGGCAUUGAAACAGAAACUGUUCGUCGACGGACUCUGCUACCUGCUGCAGGAGAUAUACGGCAUUGAGAACAAAAAUCUUGAUACCAAGCCAAGCUCGGACGAGGAGACAGAGGACGGUGGUUCAGAGUGCGUGAUAUGCAUGUGUGACGUGCGCGACACGCUCAUCCUGCCGUGCCGCCAUCUCUGUCUGUGCAACUCAUGCGCAGAUUCGCUGCGCUACCAGGCCAACAACUGCCCCAUAUGUCGCGCGCCCUUCCGCGCGCUACUGCAGAUCAGAGCGCUCCAGAAGCUUACUGGAACGCCAGCUAAUACUACUAAUCCGCCUGAUCAGGGCAGCAUGGAGACCAUCCCGCCGGGCUACGAGCCGGUGUCCCUGAUCGAGGCGCUGAACGGACCGCACCCCGCACGGCCCAUCCCGCCGCCGCCCACCAUCGCGAGCCCCGACACCGAUACUGCUUCACAGGCGGCAGAGAUCCUGAACCGCUGCAACCUGGAACGCAGCUCGUCCACUAGCCUCGGCAGCAGCGGCAGCCGCAAGGGCAAGGUCGUGAAGGAUGACAAGAGGGACCGCGUCGCUCCAGCUGUCACUCCCGAGUUCCGCAUGUCGGUGCUGCUGGCUCGCGAGGAGGAGGCCCGCGCCCGCGAGGAGAAGGCGGCGGCCACCAGCCCGCUGCUGUACACCCACCCCGCCGUCAACGGCACCGACAACGUCUCCAAGUCGUCCCUAAACUCUGAGUACGGCGGUGAAGAAGGCUCAGUCCAGUCGGCGUGUGCGUCGGAGGGCGAGGACGACGCGGCCGCCGCCGCCGCGCCGGGGGCGGAGCCCGACGCCGAGCCCGACAGCGACGCUGAGAGGCUGUCGCCGCUGUUGACGCAUCUGCCCGCUAACGGGGUAAUAAAAGGCGUGUGCGCAGCGGGCGCGGCGCUGCGGCUGUCGGCGCCCGCGCUGGCGCACAUCGACGACACCGACACCGACGAGCCGGCACACAACCACCGCUCCCCCGGGCCGCUCUCGCGUGCCGAGGCGGAGUCGCCGGCCGUUGGCGAGGACUCUGACUAUUUCACGCCGGAAGACACCAACACCACCAUACUGACCGUGCCAAAGGUGGCCAAGAUGCCAGAGACUGCCAACAACGUGUCCGCGGAGUGCACCCCGCAGCGGUGGGCGCUGCCGCACCACGUCACUUCUUUACCAGGUACACCACUAUCUCAAUCGAGCGUGCGUUCGUCGGGCGACUCGUACAGCUCGACGUCGUCGACGCGGCAGCUGCUGGCGGCGCCGGCGCCCGGCGUGGCCGCCGACCCCGCCUGCUAGCGGCAGGCCUCCGCCCCGCCCCGCGCCCCGCAGCUGCUGGCGCGCCCCACGCCUUAUCCCUCACCUCUAGCUAACAACAGGGCGUAUCCGUUGCCACCUUUUUGAGGGAUUGCUGCCGUUUCUGGCUGGCUCAACUUAAUUUGAACACAAGCUCACGACUAUAUCUCAAAUGGAGAAGUCAGAUGUACAUCCAUCGCAAUGUGAACUAAGUACCCGUACCACACCGAGAUUCGAGGCCAACGAGACAGGUAAAAGAACAGACAAACAGGGAAAACUAGCUCUAUCCCAGUCUUGCAUGUAUUGCAAGUGAAGGAUGGCACUAGUUUAUGAGCUGUGAAAUCAAAAUAAGUUAUGUUUGUGUUUGUCAGAAUAGGCACCUAUGUAUAUGGGCCGUCUUUGUAUUUGACGGGGCCGGGAAGACCAGAGGAAGACUCCUCUUCGGGGCUUUCAUAUUAAACUUUAUAUUGUUACUGUAAAAUCUCAUCAUCAUUGGCCACAGCAUCUAUCGUAGAUGAUUGUUGCAGCACUUGUGAGUCUACUGUAAAAUCUAGAACUACAGUAAAUCUGAAGAUUAUCUGGUAUAACUUAAGAUUUACCAAGUGAUAAAAGCCGAUCUUUAAUAAUCGUUCAUUUGAGCCGCCGCUACCGGCAAGCAUUUGGUUAUUCUUACAGACGUAUCAAGCGUUACAAUAUUUUAAGUACAGGCGGGGAAGAAUUAGCUUACAAUAAGUAUUGUAAUAUUAAUAUAACCUACCUUGUUUUAUUCCUAAAACUCGUCAAAUGGAAUAUUUACCGGUAUUAGGCUUUUACAGUAACAUAAUAUAUAUAUAUAUAUAUAUAUAUAUAUAUAUAUAUAAAAUAAAAUAAAUAUGUAUAUACACAUAAUAUAUUAUAUAUAGUAUAAUAUAUACUUAGUUUUUGUCAUAAGGCAAUGAUAUUUGCGUUUGUAUUUUUUGGCGGGUGAUAACAAUGUAAUCUUUACUACACAUGGCUAUUACAAUUACAACAGCAAUUAUGAAAUGUAGUUUUAUGGGAUAAAUCAAGAUAUAAUUAUGAAUUUUUAAUGUAAUAAUGGCCCCGAUUCCUGCAGACAUCUCUUAAUUUUACUUUAAGUUAUACCUGUCAUUUUCUUAUCCGCCGAAAAGGAAAGGGACGGAUGAUUGACAGCUCUUAAUUUUAGGAAGAAUGAGUAAAUAAAUGAAUAACCCGGGCGAAUUUUUAGACGGUUGUUUUAGAUUUGUGCUUAAAAUUGACGUGUGUUCCAUAAAUUUUAUGCUUGUCGAUUACCCGUCCCUUUCCUUUUCGGCGGAUAAGAAAAUGACAGAUAUAACUUAAAAUAAAAUUAGAUGGUAUUUACAGGAAUUAGCACCAUUAUGACUGCGCGAUUAUACGCCAGAUAUAAGAAACAUGUGUAAAAAAGUGUAUCUGUUUAAGAAAGGCAUAAUCUAUAUCUACCAUAGAAUAUGACUAAGAUAAAUGUUUUAGUUAAGAUCCGUCCCUUAUAUUUUAUAUGAUAAAGCUAGAAUCUCUUUAUUUUUUGGUGGUGUGUUCUCCUGCUUAGAUUUAUUUUAUACACUUCUUUAUUUCCAAAGUAUUAAAAAAAAAUCUUCAUUAUUUUUUAUUAUAAGGCGGGAACACACUUUCAUACCAGUGCUAGUUUUAUGUGUUAACUGGCAUGCAAGUAGAUUGCACACCUGUUUUUUGACAUACUCUUUACAAAAGCUUGUAAAUAAGAAUAAAAUAAAUUUAUUGCCAGUAACAAUAUACAUUUGCUAAAUGUAUCAGCAGUGUGCCAAAUGUGUGUUCCCGCCUUUAUGGACUGUUAAUUAAGUGUUGCCAUUGCUUCAGUUCAUUUCCAACUGAACUGAAGAAAUCAAUAUAGUCUAGAAUUUGUUAUAGAUUAAAGUCCACAGCUUAUUUUACAUGUACCAUGAAAGAUAAUGGUGCUGAUUCCUGUACACACCAUCUAAUUUUAUUUUAAGUUAUACCUGUCAUUUUCGUAUCCGCCGAAAAGGAAAUCGACAGGCAUAAAAUUUAUGGAACACAUGUCAAUUUUAGGCACAAAUCUAAAACUUUUUGACAUGAUGACAUAACUUAAUGUGUAUAAAAAAAUGAGAGGUAUAACUUAAAAUAAAAUUAGUAUGUGUUUGCAGGAAUUGGGGCUAUUUAUAUAUUUUUUUUUUGGGGUAUUUAUAUGUUGCAUUAUUAUGUAUUGUAAGUGAUAUUGACAGUAGAAUAUAUUGUAUAAAAGAACUGACAACAACAUUCCUAGAAUAUAGGGAUAUUUCAAAUAGGUACAUGUAAUUUUAUGAGGGUAGUCUAGCAAGACAACAUGGCUGCAUAUUUUGUUUUUUACCCAUCUAAGGAGAAAAAGAUUUAAAGUUAUACAGCCUUGUAACAAAAUGUAUAUUGUAAAAUCGUGUUUUGUAGCUUAUGAAAUAUACUCUACGAGUUGAAUCUCAAAAUAUUGUAAAUAUGUAUCUUAUUAUGUGACAGAAUCAAAUUAUUUAGAAAGGUACCUAUAUUCUGAUAGUUUUAAGACAUUAUCAAAUUACAUAGUUAUUACUGAUUCAAUAAACUUUUAAAAAUA